UUCUUAGAGAGUUCUUGAGUUCUAAGAGAGUUCUUGAGUUCUAAGAGAGUUCUUGAGUUUUAAGAGAGUUCUUGAGUUCUUCUUUACUAGUAGUUGGGUGUUGAGUUACUCUUGUGCUCCUCUUGAAGUUUCAACUGGUUGCUCUUCAACUCAGGGCCCACAAAGCUUGGAUUGAAAAGACGUUUCAGAAAAGAGAGUGUAUCCAAAUAUUUCCCAGCAAAGAACCAAACAGGUGCAGUUGUGGUCAGGUAGUGAACCAGCAUGUGGCCAUCAUCCCGGGGGCGACCACUAGGGCGGCGGAAGAGGCAGGUCAGAUCGGUCAGGGGGCGGUGCCCAUGGAACGCUGGUCCGUGCUUAAACACACACAGGCCACGCCCACAGACACAUACGGCAUCAUGGAGUUCCAGGGAGGAGGACAUGUCAACAAGGCCAUGUACAUCCGUGUGGCGUACGAUUCCAAGCCAGACAACAUGCUCCACCUGAUGGUGAAAGACUGGCAGCUGGAGCUCCCCACCCUGCUCAUCUCUGUCCACGGGGGACUGCAGAACUUUGACUUGCAGCCCAAACUAAAACAGGUGUUUGGAAAGGGUCUGAUCCAGGCUGCGGUCACCACCGGAGCCUGGAUACUCACUGGUGGAGUCAGCACUGGGGUGAUCCGGCAUGUAGGAGAUGCGUUGAAGGACCACUCCUCAAAGUCCAGGGGAAAAGUAUGUGCCAUCGGGAUCGCUCCAUGGGGCAUCGUGGAGAACAAGGAGGAUCUGAUAGGAAGAGAUGUGACACGUCCGUACCAGGCCAUGUCCAACCCCAUGUCCAAGCUGUCUGUCCUCAACAACAGCCACUCCCACUUCAUCCUAGCAGAUAACGGGACCCAGGGAAAGUACGGCGCAGAGGUCCGUCUUCGCCGUCAGCUGGAGAAACACAUCUCCCUGCAGAAGAUCAACACACGUCUGGGUCAGGGGGUGCCUCUGGUCUGUCUGAUCCUGGAGGGGGGUCCCAACGUCAUCUCCAUAGUCCUGGAGAGCCUGAGGGAGGACCCCCCUGUCCCGGUGGUGGUCUGUGACGGCAGUGGACGGGCCUCUGACAUCAUCUCCUUCGCACACAGAUACUCUGAGGACGACGGCUUGGUCAGUGAUAGCGUGAAGGACCAGCUCCUGGUCACCAUCCAGAAGACGUUUAACUACAACCGCGGUCAGGCCCAGCAGAUCUUCCUCAUGGUGUUGGAAUGUAUGAAGAAACGAUCUCUGGUGAGUAGGGAAGACAUUAUUAUACAGGAUAUGUUCCCAUAACUUAUGACGCACGCAAUGCAAUUGGACAGGAAUUCUAAGUGUUAUGCUAAUAAUGCUAACGAAUUCCUGUCCAAUGCAUUGCGUGCGUCAUAAGUGACACUUUUAGUAUUUAGACAAUUUGGUCGUUAAAAUGUUUUGUUUUUUUAAGCCUUACGUACAUUUUAGAAAAUCUUUUUUUACCACAUAGUGUAAGUAAAAACCUAAUGUAUUCAAAAUAUAUUCAAACAUUAAAGAUUAUAAUUUGUGAUGAAAGUAAAGGGACAUUUUAAUAAUUGUUUUAUGUUCAUUUGAUUCUUCAAUAAAACCUUCC